AUGGGUUCCAUAUCGGAGUCCGUUCCGAAUAUCAUUGACAUCAGAAGCGACUCGGCUGGCUUUGAGUUGAAGAAACUCAUCAAAGAUGGACUGCAUGGGAAGGAGAAGACAUUGCCGACGUUGUUGUUGUACGACAACAAAGGCCUCAAGCUCUUCGAAGACAUUACAUAUCUUGAUGAGUACUACCUGACUGGGCAAGAAAUUGCCGUGUUGGAGCAGCAUGCCGAGAAGAUGGCGGACAGGAUUCCGCAGGAUGCCAUUCUGCUGGAACUCGGCUCAGGAAACUUGCGAAAGGUGAAGAUUCUGCUCGAUGCAUUGGAGCGUGCUGAGAAGAGGGUUUCCUACUACGCGUUGGAUUUGAUGCACAGCGAGCUUGUACGCACUCUAGCUGCAGUUCCAGUCGGAACAUUCAAACACGUACAAUGCUUUGGACUGCACGGAACUUACGACGAUGGCCUWGAAUGGUUGAAGAUGCCCGAAAAUGCUGCCAGGCCCAAGACGAUCCUUUCAAUGGGCUCCAGCAUCGGCAACUUCAACCGCGAGGACGCUGUGGGGUUUGUUGCUCAGUUCGGGAAUAUUAUGGAACCAAACGACUCCUUCAUCCUCGGUCUGGAUGCUUGCCAGGACCCGGAGACAGUGUACCACGCAUACAAUGAUCGAGAGGGAGUCACGCAUAAUUUCAUCAUGAAUGGAUUGAAACAUGCCAACGAAUUGCUCGGUUAUGAAGCUUUCAACUCCAAUGAUUGGAAAGCUCAUGGCGAAUACGAUCAAGUUGGUGAACGCCACCGAGCGUUUGUCAUCCCCCAAAAAGACCUCCAAGUCGAAGGCAUCUCUCUCAAGCAAGGAGAAAGGGUGCGUAUUGAGGAGAGUUACAAAUACAACCACGAGCAAGCCAUGAAUUUGUUUACGGAAGCUGGCGUCAUAGAAGGUGCCCGUUGGACGAAUCAUGUGCAGAGUUAUGCAUUACACAUGCUUUCUCGCCCGAUGAAAAUGUAUGCAAGCAGACCAGAGACGUAUGCUGCUAAUGCGGUGCCUACCCUGGAAGAAUGGGCGGGUCUUUGGGAGCUGUGGGAUAAGGUCACUCUCCAGAUGAUUCCCACGGAGGAACUGUAUGAGAAACCGAUCAAGCUUCGUAACGCUUGCAUUUUCUAUUUGGGACAUAUCCCGACCUUCUUCGACAUGAAACUUGUGGAGGCUACAGGAAUGGAACCAGCAGAGCCGAAGUAUUUCCAUCAAAUCUUCGAACGCGGAAUUGACCCGGAUGUUGAUAACCCGAAGCACUGUCACGCUCAUAGUGAGGUGCCCGAAAGCUGGCCAGAAUUGGAUGUAAUCCUAAAGUACCAGAGAACUAUCCGCGAUCGCAUCUGUGAGCUGUACAACAACGGCAGUGCUACCAAGGAUGCCUGGACUGGAAGGACUCUCUGGCUGGGCUUCGAACAUGAAGUGCAGCACUUGGAAACCUUGCUUUAUAUGUUGAUUCAAAGCGAUAAGACGCAGCCUCCAGCCGGAGUCAUCAAGCCGGAUUUCGAACAAAUGGCUGUGCAAGCCAAGCGGGAGGCUGUCCCAAACGAGUGGUUUGACGUUCCGGAGCAGACACUCAGUCUUGGAUUGGAAGACCCAGAUACUCCCGACGGACCUGUCAGGCACUUCGGAUGGGAUGUUGAGAAGCCAAAGUAUACCGUAAAAGUCCCUGCUUUCAAAGCUCAAGCCCGUCCCAUCACGAAUGGGGAGUAUGCACAGUAUCUUGUUGCUACCAAGCAAUCUUCGAUCCCUGCCGCAUGGAGCUUGCAGGAGAGACCUGCCGUAAGCGAAGCCAAUGGGCUUGUCAAUGGCGAGGCCGCUUUCGAGGAGUUCAUCCAAGACAAGGCCGUUCGCACCGUCUAUGGUGCUAUCCCAUUGAAGCUUGCUUUGGACUGGCCUUUGUCCGCUUCAUACGAUGAGCUGAAAGGAUGUGCGGUCUAUAUGGGUGGCCGUAUCCCAACUCUGGAAGAAGCUCGCAGCAUCUACAGUUAUGCCAGCGAUCAGAAGAAGGACGCCUUCUCCAAUGCUCUGGGCAAGACGAUUCCAGCCGUCAAUGGUCACCUCGUCAACGAAGGCGUGGAAGAAACACCACCAUCCAACCCGUCAGUUAACGGGACCGGCAUCACCGCCGGUCCCACCACAAAGGAUCUCUUCGUCGAUCUCUCCACCGCCAACGUGGGUUUCAAGCAUUGGCACCCCAUGCCCGUAACGCCCAAUGGUCGCAAACUCGCCGGGCAAGGCGAAAUGGGCGGUGUCUGGGAAUGGACAAGCUCCGUGCUCGAGCAGCAGAAAGGUUUCGUUCCGAUGAAACUGUAUCCUGCCUACAGUGCCGACUUUUACGAUGGAAAGCACAAUAUCGUGCUGGGUGGAUCUUGGGCCACGCAUCCCAGAUUCGCCGGUCGAAAGACUGUCAUCAAUUGGUACCAGCGGAACUACCUCUACGCCUGGGCAGGAGCACGCAUCAUCAAAGACAUCUGA